UCCUGGCACUGCGAUGAUAAUACCGAAAUGGGAGGAAACCGAGUGCCACAUCAUCGCUGUGCCCCAGACUGCACCGCCACUCAUCCGCAGGUUGAACUGGACGACAUUGGUCGCGAUGAAGGCGACGCCAUUAAAACCCAUUCCAUCUCUACGUCCAGGGCUGUAUCCCCGACUCUCUCACAGCAAACACCACAACCCAGUAAAAUCAUUCAAUUGCAAUAUCGGUUGAGCAUGGAAGGGCGAAUCAUUCUGUGCCCUUACAGCGAAAUGAUGAAUCGCUACCUUCCAAUUCCCCCUCGACCUGUUCCUCACUUCCAAUUGACCACCGGGUUGAGGGAUAUGAUGGAUGAUCUGAGAAGAAAUCAAACAACGGAGGUAAACAUGUACGAACAUUUGACUACUACAUUGAACCGAUGGCUUAAGCUGGCAGAUGCAGAUAAAAAGCCUAAAUUCAGGGUAGUCAUCUCAGGAAACAAGUCGGAUCCAGAUGAUUGGACCAAGCAGCGCAUCGAUGGCGGAGUCUACGAAGACGACGAGAAACCAACUGAAGACCAUCCGCCCAAGUGGGAAGCACUCGAGCUAGGUAUUGAGGUCAAGCGACAUCACAGCUGCGACUUCUUCAGCGACGAAUACCAGAAAGGCUAUUCUCCCAACUCGGAAGUCAGCAAAAGCGCACUUGGUCAGGCCAUGUCAUACUCCUCGCUUGUUUUCUUUCACCAACACCGCACACACCACUUCUCCAUCCUUAUUUUCGGAACCAAGGCUCGAAUCGUUCGAUGGGACCGUGCUGGUUUGUUAUUCACCAACGCAUUCGACUACUUCGACGAGCCCCAGAAGUUGGGCGAAUUCCUCUGGCGAUAUGCUCAGAUGGACUCCGUCGACAGAGGCCACGACCCGACCGUUACGAGGGUGGUGGCCAAGGGGGACGAAGACACUCUGAUGGAUACAAGGGCCAAGGUUUCGCGAAAGGUCGAAAAGGUUGUUGUUGAUGACGAGAUCAGGAAGCUGUUCGACGAAACCGUAUCGACUCAUGGUCCAAGACACAUACUGCGCGUUCAAGGCAAAAAAUUCCUGGUCGGCAAACCACAUACGUACACCACUGUCCUUGCAGGUCGCGGCACCCGCGGCUAUAUCGCGAUCGACCUCGACGACCCGAAGGGACCUUUUGUUUUCCUCAAAGAUACCUGGCGGGUUGUGGGGGAAGGCUUGGAUGAGGAGGGGAAAGUCCUUUUGGACCUCAACAGUCCGGACGAGCAGGAUCAGAGGGGUCGGAAGUAUAUCCCAACGCUGGUUUGCCACGGCGACCUCGAGGGCCGAAGUGUCCCAAUGCGAACCCACCAACAUUACCGCCUCGUUGUAAAGGAGGUCGGUCUGCCUAUUAGCAACUUCAGGAACGGACGCGAAAUGGUUACUCUCAUCUCGCACGGUGUUGCCGCGCAUGGCUACGGCUACAAGAAAGGAUACAUGCACCGGGACAUUAGUGCCGGAAAUCUCUUGAUCUUCGUCCGUCAAGACGUUGUAAACGGCCAGUUGAAAGAGGAGCGUCAUGGACUCCUCACGGACUGGGAAUUGGCGAAGAAGCUAGCAGACAAGGGGCCACGGCAGCUGGAACGGACAGGCACCUGGCAGUUCCUCGCCGUCGACAUUCUCAACAACCCCUCCAAGCCAGUCGAGGUCUGGCAUGAAAUGGAAUCGUGGUUUCAUCUCACCCUCUGGCUGGCGGUCCAGUACUUGCCACACAACGUCCAGAAUGUUGCCGUGUUUAUGUCGGAAUUUUUUGAUGACGCUGCAAAACCGGAUGAUGGUUCUACCCAUCAGAAAUGCGGCACAUUGAAGAGAACUAGCAUGGAAACAGGUCGUAUACGCUCUGCUGCUGGAACACGCUUCAAGUUUGGCGCCCAGGAUGAUCCUUUUGUCCCUCAUGCCAUCAACAAAGUCCUGGCCCAGCUUGCACGGGCCUUCUCAUACCGUUAUCAAGAACAAGAAUUGCUACGUACUAAUGCUGAACCUUGGCUCGAAGGCGAUGUAGCCGACCUGACCCCGGCGCAGCUCAAGGCACUCGAAAACAUUGACGAUCAAGUCCGUUUCGAAGAGCUGCUCCUCGAAUAUAUAAACGGCCCCGGCUGGCCCGAAAAUGACAAGACUGCGCCUCAGGUUUCCCUGAGCGAACGGGAGCCAUUCCCUUCAAGCUACCCCAUUCGCGGCAGCAAGCGGCCACCAUCGGAUGGGACAGCGGACUUGGAUGUGCCACAACCGAAGCAUCCAGCAGUCGCGGGUCCUUCGGGGAGUCGGCCUAAGAGAGGAUAG